CCAACAGUGUGCAUGCACUUUUUUCUUUUUCUUUUUUGGGAGAGAUAAGUAAUGGGCCGAAGCUGUACCAGUGUGCAUGCACAUUUAAAUGUGUUAAUUAAUUGAAAUUAAGAGAAUAAAAGACAAUAGCAAAAUAAAAUUAGAAAUAACGUGGGUUUGCUAACUUCACCAUAAAGAGAGUUUAUAUUUGACGGGGUAUAAAGAGCGAUAGUGUUAUAGUGUCGAGCAUAAAUAUUUCUGUGUUCAUCAAGGUUUCUAUCCAUAGACAUAAUUAUCUUGACUUCCAAGAGUCAGUAAAUCCUUCUAAAGAGGGCUGCGAAGAGGAGGGAAAAUCUGGUAUUUGGAAAAAAAUUUCAGUGCAGAAGAGAGAAAUCGAUGGCAGGAGCAGGAACAGGUGGAGGCGGCGGGAGAAACCGAAACCCAGGGCGCAAUGCGGAGGACGAUGAGAAGCUAAUAUUCGAGACAAGCCCUGGUGUAGAGGCAAUCUCCAGCUUCGACCAGAUGGGCAUCCGCGACGAUCUUCUUCGCGGCAUAUAUCAGUACGGCUUCGAAAAGCCUUCCGCCAUUCAGCAGAGAGCCGUCAUGCCCAUCAUCACCGGCCGCGAUGUUAUUGCACAGGCUCAGUCUGGUACGGGCAAGACGUCCAUGAUCGCCCUCACCGUCUGUCAGAUGAUUGAUACCUCUAUUCGCGAGGUUCAGGCAUUAAUUGUUUCACCCACUAGAGAACUUGCAGCUCAGACAGAGAAAGUGAUUCUUGCAAUAGGAGAUUUUAUAAAUGUUCAAGCUCAUGCAUGUAUUGGUGGCAAGAGCAUAGGGGAAGAUAUUAGAAAACUGGAAUAUGGUGUUCAUGUGGUAUCAGGAACCCCUGGAAGAGUCUGUGAUAUGAUCAAAAGGAGGACAUUAAGGACUAGAGCUAUCAAACUGCUUGUCCUUGAUGAAUCCGAUGAGAUGCUCAGCAGAGGAUUCAAGGACCAAAUAUAUGAUGUUUAUCGAUAUCUUCCCCCAGAGCUUCAGGUUGUGCUGAUAUCUGCAACUUUACCACAUGAGAUUUUGGAGAUGACAAACAAAUUCAUGACUGACCCUGUGCGGAUCCUUGUCAAACGUGAUGAAUUGACACUCGAGGGCAUCAAACAAUUUUUUGUUGCUGUUGAAAGGGAAGAAUGGAAAUUUGACACCCUAUGUGAUCUCUAUGAUACACUUACAAUCACUCAAGCUGUUAUAUUUUGCAAUACAAAAAGAAAGGUUGAUUGGCUUACAGAAAAGAUGCGGAGCAAUAACUUUACUGUAUCAUCUAUGCAUGGAGAUAUGCCACAAAAAGAACGUGAUGCAAUUAUGGCCGAAUUUCGUGCUGGUACUACUCGGGUCUUGAUCACCACAGAUGUUUGGGCUCGUGGUCUUGAUGUUCAGCAGGUUUCGUUAGUGAUAAACUAUGACCUUCCCAACAAUCGUGAGCUUUACAUUCAUAGGAUUGGUCGCUCAGGUCGUUUUGGUCGAAAGGGUGUUGCUAUAAAUUUUGUUCGAAAUGAUGAUAUAAGAAUUCUGAGAGAUAUUGAGCAGUAUUAUAGUACCCAAAUAGAUGAAAUGCCCAUGAAUGUGGCAGAUCUAAUCUGAUCACUUCAUAUGAUCCUCCCUGUAUUUCUAACUUCAGAAGGAUUGCCGAGUUCUUAUUUGGAUUGUGCAUUGAAUUUUUCUAAAAUUUGCAGCAAUGGGGCAUAUUUUGCUUGAAUCGGUUAGACAGGCUGGUGUGAACAAAUUAGUUUGCCUUUGUGUUCUAAAAUUGGAGUUCUGCAGUUUGGGACAAAAAUCAUGCUUUUCACAUUUUGCCUGAAUGGGUUUCUCUAUUUUGUAGCUGAUUGCUUGGGUUGCUGUGUACUGUUCAAUGCUCAGAGAUGUAUAAUGAGUUUAUUUGUAUCCUCUCAUUUAGUCAGAACAAGUUUGACAUUAGUUAAUGUCUAUUGGUGGCACUCUAUUAUUUUAUUUAUGUACAAUGUAUGUAAUAUUCUUAAUAUUCCUUACGGCUUGCUUAUAGGCAUUCA